CAGAUACAGCUCAUCGUGAGCCUCACGUCAAAAACCGCAAAAUCAAAACAAACAAACCCGCGUCCAUCAACUGCCCGCAGCUUCCUCGACUUCAAACGGACGGCUUUAGAGCAGAGUGGUUUUUAGCGAAAAAAAAUGGAAUUCUCAGAAUUUAUUGCUACGACAGGGAAGGAUCUCAUCAGGCAGAUUGCGCCAGCUGUGUCGUAUUCUGGUAAAUAUAUCGCGACGAUCUCGACCAGCAGCCCAGCAGCGGCUCUCUCUGCGUCGAAUACAAGUAAACCACUUCGUUCAAAAAGUGGUAAUGGCACAGCAGCAGCGCAGGGAACAGUGCAGCAUGAGCUUGUGAUUAGGGGUACGCGCUCGCUGGCCGUCAAAAGGAAAAUAUUCAUGCCUCUCGGCUUCACGCCGCGGUUUCUCAAAUGGUAUCGUCCAGCGACGCUCGGACUACCGGCCGAUCCCGAAGAUAGCUCGAGCACGUCGCAGAUAGACGACGACGUGCACCGGAUUCUGGCAGCCGACGAGGCAGGGCAAGUGUGUGUCUGGGACAUCGACGGGAUCCUGGCGCGGACGAUCGUGGACGAGAUCGAGGAUCUAAAGUCGGUUGUUAUUAUCCGGCAGCUGGACUGGGGCGCCAACGUACCGGUCAAAGCAGUCGACUGGGGAAGGUCGCCGGAUGAGAUUUUGGUGUUUUCGGACUAUAACGUCGCUGUUGCGGUGUGGUCUAUCGCAAGUCGCGAGUGCGUGCAGCUCUAUCAUCCGAAAUAUACAACACACCAUGGAUACUCAUUCCAACCCGGCAGCAGGCAUCUCACCGUCCUCUCCCAUCCGGUUGCUGACGACGUUCUGUCAAUCUACGGCGGUCCGCUGUCAAAUCUCCAGUCGCUAGCUUCCUUUUCUCUGACGGAUUUCUACCACGCAAAGGGAUUCAAAUGGUCCCCCGACGGCCGCUGGAUCGCGGUUUAUGACACAAUCACGAACUUCCAAGUGGGCGUGUAUACGCCGCUCGGAGCCCUUUACCGCGUGUUUAUAACGACAGAGAUCGGACUUGGUGUGUGCGAUAUCGAGUGGUCUCCUGCGGGGAAUUUGCUGGCGGUCGCUUCUUAUGAUGGGUUGAUUAGAUGUUUGAACACAUGGACCUUUACGCCAACUGUUAUUUUAAAGCACCAGCCCACUAUCCAGACCAAAGAACCGGUAGUCUUUGUUGAGCGGCCGAUAAGCAGUAAGGAAGGAUUUGCCAAAUACGAGAGAGUGCUGCAAUAUCCAGUCAGUCCCCCGAAACUCAAGACCUCGCCCACCGACGCCCCGCCAAAGACAGGAUUCAGUAUAAUGGCGUUCAACAAAGACGGCACGCUGCUUGCGACGAAGUACGACCUGAUACCGACCACGCUGUGGAUCUGGUCGCUUCGGACACUAGCCCCGGUAGCGAUUUUAGUACAUGUUCGGAAGGUCAAGAGCGCGGUCUGGCAUCCCAACAAACAGCAUCUGCUGAUGAUCACCUGCGCGACCGCGAACGCGAAAGACGACGAGUCCUACGAAAACUACAAUCUGGCGGAUGUUGGCGUGGAAAACGACUGCAGCAUACGGAUCUGGAACUCAGAAUGGCGCGCGCCUGUCGCGUUUGCGGUGCCGAAAGUGAACAGCAAAGGCGCGUUUUCAAAUAUUCUCGAAGCGACAUGGAUCCGCGACGACCAGCAGUUCGUAAACAGUAUAGAUAUGGACUCGACGUUAGACGAGGACACAAAGAUGGGAUUGAGGGCAAAGAUCUUGAUCAGCGACCGGGGCGCGUAUUCGGUCGGCUAUCUUGACGACGAGCAGGAGACCGAGGACGACGAUACUAAAGUACAGAGACUGAUUGAUGGUGUGCAGCAGCAGGAGUGGGCAGAGGCGAUGACUACCACCUGCAUCGACGACACGUUUGCAAAUAUCGCACCCCGCCAGAGGAGUAUACCUACGUGAUGUAGUAUGUCCACUUAAUAUACCUUUCUAAUAACUAUUAACUACCAA